UGUCAGCACCACAGAAACACAAGCGUUCCCCAGGCUCAUUGAAAACGCAAGCGGUACUUCAUCCUUACCUUCGUGAUGACUUUGAACAAUUACGUUUGCUUCUCGCGACUUCAAAUGUCGUUUGGUUAAAAGAGGGCAUAAAACUGCAAACGCCAGAGGGGCUGAUCAAGCCAGAAAAGAAACGGCGUGAUUUGCUGGACUUAAAUCUCUGUCAUGUCGCUUCUGUGCGUGCGAGUGAAAAAAGCCAAACUACAUGGACCUCAAGACAAGUUUAAUGUGUAUGUAACACUGAAGGUCCAGAAUGUUAAGAGCACAACCAUCACCGUGCGUGGAGACCGGCCAUGCUGGGAGCAAGACUUCAUGUUUGAGAUUAAUCGUCUGGAUCUGGGUCUGGUUGUGGAGGUGUGGAACAAAGGACUCAUCUGGGACACCUUAAUAGGAACAGCAUGGAUCCCACUUAACACUAUUCGCCAAUCAGAUGAGGAGGGACCUGGUGAAUGGACCUCACUGGACUCUGAGGUUCUGAUGAAGGAAGAUGAGAUAUACGGCACUAAAAACCCCACCCCUCACCAAGUGCUGCUAGACACACGCUUUGAGCUCCCAUUUGAUAUCCCGGAAGAUGAAGCCCAGUACUGGACUAAAAAGCUGGAAAGCAUUAACUCUAUGAGGAUACAUGACGAGUACUCACUGACAGAUGAAGCACAGAGAGAACAGCUACCAUCAGUGCCCUCACAAUGCUGCAAUUGGACAUACUUUGGAUGGAGUGAUCAGCAGACUUUCGAUGACCAUGACAGUGCUGUGGAUGACAGGGACAGUGAUUAUCGCAGUGAAACACACAGCAUGCCUCCACGAUACCACACCACAGCCCAACCAAAUUCUUCACUCCAUCAGUACCCUAUUGGAAGAAGAUUACAGCAUCAGGUGGUGUCAAAAGACUUGAAUUUGGAUUAUAGAGAACAGAGCACCCAAUUCACAAACAGUAGAGAUGAUGUCAGAAUAAUUCCAGUAGAUUCAGGCAUGGGAGUUGAAGAUUGGGAGACCAAGUACAAGAUGAAUGACAACAUACUGGACGAUUACCUGGAACCAGCGCAGAAAACUUGGGAUGAUGAUGAUGAUGACACCAAGAAUGAAAUUUACAGAAUCAUAGGGUGCCAGGAUGACUCCACAGGUGGUCAGUUUUGCAAGACAGUAAAGCGUGAUGCAGUGUCCCCUGAGGGUGAGAUUGAUGAUGCAUCUGAAAAUGCUGGCAAAACAAGGACAGACAGCAGUGACUUCCACUUAGUAUACCAGGAAGCCAAAAAUUUAAAGGAUGAAAUUUCCCCUUCCGAGAUUUCAAUUAUUCCCUCAAUUAGGCAACUUCACUUGCAAAGGGGAGGUCAAGAAUCCUGUACAGAGGGUCUGUUGUACAAAACCAUGCUGUGGGCCAAAACCUCAUUUGAAGACACUCUUGAGAACUAUUCAAUUUAUUGUAAGGAGGAAGCAGCAAGGAUGAAAGCAAGAAAUGAAUAUGGGUCUGCAGGAUCUGAUGAAAUGCAGUUUUCUUUUGGGUCUGAGGAGGAGCUAGAUGAUAUGGCGUUUGUGGAAGAAGAUGUGCAAUACGAAAAUGACAGUUAUUACAACAAUGGAAGAUGUACGCCCUAUUAUGGUGAAUGGUCGCAUGGUUAUUGUGACCAGCAGAGUAGCCUUGGGAAUGUUUGCAAAGGGGAUCAAGAUGUACUGUUGUCACCAGUGAAUGAACCAAGUAAUAAGUAUAAUGAUACUAUGGAUGAGCUUCAAGACUUAGUUGAUUCCGUAUCAGAAUAUCUGGCUGGUAGAGAGGAGGAAAUGAACAAAUAUGAAUCAAUUCAAAAGUCUGUAGCAAAAACAGAAACAGGUGGUGAAGUUAAGAAAACAGAGGUUAAAUCUGCUGAGUCAAAAGCGGAAAAUGCUGUGGAACAAGGUAUUGCAGGUGUUAAAAAUGCUAUGAGCUCACUAUUCAACACAGUGACAAACACAAAAGCAGCAGCUGAUACUACCGAAUCAACAGCAACGACCACAAAACCUCCUGUUCCUCCUCAGACAGAGUCUGGUAUUUCAAAAAUCUUUUCUUUCUUGCCUAAACCACCUGGUAGUGCAACUCCUGUAGCAGUUGUACCACCUGCUAAUCAGGAAGCUAGUGUAGACAAGAAGUUCUCUUUGCAAUCAUUGUUGCCAUUUCAGUCUCCAGAGCCCAGCCGUCCUUCUAGUGCCACAUUACUGACUGAUACUACAGACAAUGCUGAGACAAGUAGUGAUCAAACUCAGUCCACUUUAAAUCAGCCCCAAACUGUGGUUGAUUCAGUGUUGGGACGAUUAAGCCCUUUUAAAUUUUUUGGAGAAAAACCAAGCACUGAAACCGCUUCACAACCAAAUAUAUCACAGGAAAACCCAGAGUCCAAAGAGGGAUCAAUAGAUAAAUCCAAAAGUUUGUCUAUAGAAGUAUCAGGCUCACAACCUGAACAUCAGUCCUCAUGUGGGGGAUCAGGUAGUGGAUCUGUAGAGCUCUUACCUGAAACAGACUCAUCUGGUGAGAUACCUGAUGCAAUGCCAAGAGAGGCUUCAUCUAAGCCAGAAGAAAGUAAAUCUGAAGUGAAGUCUGUCAGUCAAGCACCAGCUGAAGAUGCUGGGUUCUUCAGCCCUUUUAAAAAGUCAUUGAACUCACUAAUCUCAACCACUACACCUGAUGAUAAAGCUGCGCCUUCAAUGUUUUCUAUUUUCAAGCCAGCAGAGGUUCCGAAAUCGGAGGAUGUCACGGGUACUUGGGGUAAUAAAUUAAAGCUCUCUGUCUUCUCCUCAGAUGCUCCUGCCAAUCCUCAGGUAAAUAAAGAAGAAGGUGGUAUGCUCUCUGGGUUUUUAAAACUGGCAAAAGGUGAAGAUCACAGUGCCCCUAAACCUGGUGCCUCCCAAAAUGAGGCUAAAUCACCACACUCCAGUCGUUCGGCAUUGCUUGAAAGUUUGCCCAGAGGAAAUACAGACACUGGAUGGUUCUCAAAUCUGUUUAAAACUAGUCCACCCGACCCACAUAAGACACAGACUUUAACACAAUCCACAUCAAAACCAACAGCCUAUACAAAACAAGGUUUACAGAAAAUUUCUACAGAUAUAGUUCUAGAAAAAAGUUAUGAUGAUGAAAGCCUGCCUGCUACUAAAAAUCAGACUGAUUUAAAUACACAGGAUGCAGAUGGUGAGAAACAACAGGAAGCACCAGUUCAAAAUGAGUCACCUCAAGAUGGAGCAAAAACCAAACCUGAGGACCAGUGCCAUCCAAAGUCUCUGCAGCCAAAGCCACAAACUAAUCAACAGGCACAACCUGAGUCGCAUAGCUUAUUCUCAGGUUUAUCUGGUGGUAAUAAAUCCCAAGCAAGUUCUACCCAACCUCAACAGGGUGGAUUGCUCUCAGGGCUGUUUUCCAGUGUUAUUGGCUCUGAAAAUCAUUCUCAAACAGGGGUUACAACCCCUCAGUCAGGAGGACUGCUGUCUGGGAUUUUGAAAAUUGCUGCCCCAGAAAGCACUCAAGCAGCAGGUCCACAACAGCAACCCUCUUCCCAUAAAGAAGCACCAGCAACUGCUCAGAACAACAACAAAACACAGCAGAGUGCUGUUCCUCCGCAGGCUGGUGGAAUCUUUUCUGGGUUAUUUAAAUUGGCCCAUGAUACAGGUGCAAGUCAUGAAACCUCUUUUUCCCAGUCAAAAUCAGGUCCUGAAAAUCAAGGUGAUCCAAAGCAUAACACCACACAACAGACAUCCCCAGAAACAUUUCAAGGAGCGUCACCUCAGACUCAGUCAGGAGGCUUUCUAUCUGGACUUGUAAAGUUAGCAGGUCAUGACAAUGCCGCAGCAACUGAGGAGUUCCAACCUCAACAGCAAACAUCUGAACUGGAACCAAAUUAUCAACAGUCUGACACCAAAAGUCAACCACAUUCUCAUCCACAGCAAACUGACCCACCUCAAACAGGAGGACUUUUUGGGGGACUCCUAAAAUUUACAGAAAGUGCUCUUAGUGGGCCAAAACAGCCAGGUGGCUCUGGCAGUCAGCUUAACCAACAACAAUCCAGCAAAACAGAUACACAGCCAUCACAUGUUAAUUCAGGUGAAAUGUUCUUAGGAUUUUUUAACAAGUUAACAGCCCCUGAGAGUGGUCCUCAACAGCCACAUUCUGGGCCUGGUAGCCAAACCCCGAAGGGCCCUACCCCUUCCCAGCAACCACCACCACCUCAGCAAGGUGGCUUCCUUUCUGGCCUGUUUGGCAUGCGUGCUUCAGAGGCAAAUAAUGACAAAGAACCAGCUCCACAGAAUCAUUCACAGCAAAAGAUCCCAUGUUCUGGUCAACCAAAUGCACAACAAGCACAAAGGCAAAACCUGCAGAGGCAAAACCAAGCUCCCCCUAAGCAGGUACCUCCAAGUGAAACAAGUGGAAUGCUCUCUGGAUUGCUUAAUAAAGUUGCAGACAAUAAAACUACACAUCCCCAACCACCUGUUCAAACCGCAGAGCAAACCAGUAGGUCUGGUCUAAAUGAAAGUGCUCCCCAGAAGUCUUCUAAUCAACAAGGUGGGUUUUUGUCUGGGCUUUUUGCAACCAACCAGGCACCAACUCAAUCACAAAAAGAGUCUCUUGGACCACGAACAAGUCAGCAGCCACAGGGGAACAGACAGCCUCUACAAAGACAAAAUCAAAUUCCAUCUCAUAACCCAACCUCUGAGGCACAACAAGGGGGUCUUCUUUCAGGAUUUUUUAACAAGUUGGCUUCAGUAGACAGCCCUGCUCAGACAACAAAAUCUGUCUCUGGAAGUCAAAAUUCUAACCAACAGUCACCUUCUCCAAGCCAAUCUAGUGGAUUUUUUUCUGGUUUUUUGAAAAUAAGUUCAGAGACUGAAACUCCAAAAUCAUCUUCUGUAGGACAAAAACAAGUCAAUCAACAAGGCCAGCAAGGUCAGGCUGCAACACAACCGCAAGAUCAGCCAAGUGGUUUGUUUUCUAGCAUUUUUAAAAUGACCACCUCUGAUGAAUCUGAACAACAGGCUCAAACAGGCAAACCUCAAGCAAAUAAGUCUACCCAUUGUGCUAGCAGUCAACAAAAUGAAUCUAGUGGCAUCCUUUCUGGAUUUUUGAGCAAACUCACUGCAACAGCAGAUGAACCAAUAACAACAAAUGAGCCAUUGUCUGAGCAAAAGCCAAAGCAUCAGCAACAAAACCGUGCUAAUUUUAAGCCUAGUCAAGCUCGGCCACAGAUUCAAAGGGCCAAAUCAAUUGAGCUUGAGUGUUCUCAGGAUGAGACUGCUGAAAUAGAUUCGAAAGUUUCAGUAAAAAAAGGUUUAUUGUCUGGAUUAUUUGAUAAAGUCACAGAGGAGGAAUCUUCAUCUAAACCUGAAUCUUUUCAAUGCAAGGAUGAGUCAAAAAGUAGUUUUAUUAGUGGUGCAGGUGUGCUUUCUAGUAUUUUUAAAUCAGGAUCUAAUGAAAAUGGUUCUUCAGCUAAAAGUAACGAUACAGAGAAGGGCUUUCUCGAUAUUUUAAAGCCUAAACAGAAUAAAGUUGAGGUAACUGCUGCUGUUACUAGCGGCACAGGGUGUUUAGACUCAAGCAGAUCUGAAAGUGAACCUUCCUAUCAACCUGCCCAAUUGCAUCCUGCAGUAAAAUCAACACAACAGUAUAUGGGUGAGAUCCAUAGACUUUUAUAUGGCACGGCUACGGAAUAUGGUUACCAGGAUCUGUUGUAUGCCUUUGCUGAGUAUGGUGUGAUUCCCCCAGAAUUGUAUGAGCAUCAGUGUCUCAUAGAAGCUCUGCUUUGGCACCAGCUGAAUGAUUAUGCUUUAUUGGAAACUCUUGCAGAUCAAGUUCAGGACUGCUAUUCUGGAAGUCAAGGGGGCACAUCGCCAACUUUUCAACCAGUUUUAGAAACAGCUAGAUGGUGGGAUUUUAAAAAUAUAGAUUCUAAUCAUUUUCAUAUACCUUCACAUCCCUGGCAGGAUGUUGUCAGUAUACCAAAGAAUCUUCCUCUAGCAAAUGAAGAGGAUAUUAUUGUAUAUGAUAUGAGUAAAACAAACAAGAAUGGCUGGAGUAGCUAUGACAAUUUUAAUGGCUUAAACAAUAAAAAUAGCAAAAAAACGUCAACUGAUAUACCAACAAAUCUACACCAUUCCCAGUCAAUGUCAGACUAUAGCCUCAAAUCCAGGAAUGACUCCAAAAUGACCCAAAAAACCCAAGCUGAUUUGAAAUUUGACUCAAUUUUUAAACAGCUCACUGUCAAGAAGGGAGCUUUGGAUUUGACUCCAGGUGCAGUUGACCUCAGUGGCACUGCAGAUGCCAGUGGAGAUGUAGAUGAUGACAUAUUUGAAGAUACUGAGUGGUACCAGCAGUGGCUGUCCCUGUUGGAGCAAGGAAUGUGGUGGCCAGCUGAGGUGGGUGAUUGUGGUUAUUAUGUAUAUAUGGAUGAAGAAUAUAUAUACUCUCUUUUGACUGAUAGAGCUGGAAAGCACCUUUAUGCAUGUGCAACCCCGGAGGAGAACCGUGUUUUACAACAAAUUACUGAAAAUAUCUUGAGUAUUCUGGAGAGAAAUGACAAACCAAAGAUGACCCUUUGUGGCUUUAAAAUACCCCUGUUUAAUGAUAAUGGAAUUAAUUGGGUGCCAGAACAAAGUCUGAACGACUCACAACUUACAAAUGCUCCUGUUGAUCUGUCCUCAGCUUUUAUGAAAGGUGAUAGGAUUAUGAACAUGAACCUUGAGCAGUUUUGUCAAAUGUUUCAAGAGUCCAUAAUUGCAGGGACAGAGGAACCUGUUGACUUUAGUAUGUACGAGCUCAGAAAAGUGAAAGUGGAUGCACAAGAGCCAAAUAUAAUUUCUCUGGAGGAGCAACCAGAUGCAACUGACCUCUCAAACAAAGCAACACAUCCAUGCCAUGGAGGACCAUACUGGAAAAAUCAGGGGAUUACGAAUUCUUUCUCGGAAGUAUCUGUGCGAUCGUCGUCUUCCUCAGUUGCUUUCACCUCACAAGGAAACUACAGACAGAAUCCAUCAUCUAUAAAACGUUCUAUUCCUGAAAUCAUGAUUGGUCAUGUUGAUGAUGAGCACGCUGGUCAGAAGAAUCAGUGUAAACAAACAGUCAGUUCUAUUUUUUCAACCACUGAGAGCUUUGUUGCAAAGACAACAUUAGCUGAUAAAAAUACUACAUCACAGACAACUAAAGCCACAACAUUAGUAGGAUCUACAGUUACUUUACCAUCUCAAAACGUGUUUUCAAAACUUCCUGAACAACUGAAAACCAAUAAAACACUGUGCAUAUCACCCAGGACACUUCCUGUAACACCAGUGUGUUCAUUGAGACAAGAAGGUGUUACAGAGGUUUGUGCAACCACCACACACCAAGAAAUACCCACUCCACCAACCUCAGUUUUGAGCUCACAGUUCACAGCCAAUAUUGGCAAUGCUUCCAAGACAUCUGCUGCACCUCAGAAAGGUAAACUGGCUAGACAACCAUCGCAGUCAACACAGUCUUCUCUAUCAAAGAAAACCAGUCAUUUUGAAGGAACCAUGACUGCAGCAGUUCCCACACAGUCAAAACAUGACGUUACAAUGUCAAAUGAAAAAAGAGCAUUGCCACCUCCACAGAAUUUACUUUUCAACAAACCUCAGCUGGCAGUAGACACAUUACAUUGUAGUAAACCCAUGGAUUUCUCUGGAACCAUAGGAAAAAAAGACAAAGAUAAUGAUGUAAAAACUCCAUUACAUAAUGCUGGGAACUCUAUUCAGGAUAUCAUUGACUUCACCAAUGCAAAACUAAAAAAAGCCGUAAAGCAGAAUAAUAUGACAUCCGAGAUGGCAGCUGUUGAUCUGACUGUUGCAUUAGAUGAGGAAAUUAAUGUGACAUUUCCAGCUCUAGAGGUCCACAGUUUCUCCAUGAUAAUGUCUGAUGUACCUCUGGGAACAGUUUCUGCUACAGGUUCCCCUCAAAUGAAAUCACAAUACUGUCCUGUAGAAAGUGGCAUUCCAAGACGAGAUGACAAUGGUAAUAAACCCAUAUCACCCAAACAGAAACCUGAACUUACCAGACAAGUUUCAGUUCAAACGUCCCAAGCAACAGUCCUUGAUGAUACAUCCCCAAAAUCGUCUUCAAAAGUGGAGCUUAUGUCAAUUCCUCCACCAGCUCAAACUGGCGGACCAGUGACAGGUCCAGUAGAAUGUGAGCAGAGUUCCAAAGCCAUCCAAAAAAGUUUUGGAACAUUAAACAUUGCAUCAUUUUCAGAUCUAUCUCAAAUAUCUUCACAAAAUACAUGUCCUGUGGUAAAGAGAUUACCUAUGAUAAGUCCAACCUUUCAUAUGCCUGCUCAAAAUAAACAAAUUGGUCUAAUGAGGCAGACUUUACUUUCUAGUGAAAACAUGAGGAUGAGUUGCUUAUAUAAUAAGAACACUGCUCCAGCUAACUUGGUCAAAGCAACACUUGAUAUGACUUCAAAGUCAGUUGCAAAGUCCAUGGAGCAAACAAUCACUGAGAUCUCAGAAACGGAAGCAGUACCCCUUAUAAGACGCAGACGAAUCUCUGUCACAGACUCUAAUAAAGGUUCUGUUGGUUUGCCCUUGCUUGUGGAAGUGUCAGAACCAGACCGAAAUAUAGUCUCCCAAAGGCGUCAGUCACUACCACAGCUUUUAUCAAGUGUGUCUUUACAACAAAGUUCAGACGAAGCAUUUUUAAAAGAAAGCAGACAAAAUCUAUUGUACAACAGAACUCUAAGUUUGCCAGUGCAGUUAUCUGAUUUUCAUCAAACAGCUCCAGCAAAUACAAUUAAAGCUACACUAGAUAUGUCUGGAAAGUCAACUACUUGUUUGUCUGCAGUCACUGAGGCAGAUCAAAAUAAAGUUUUGCCACUUGUGAGGACAAGGUCAACAUCACUCUCAGAUGGAAAUGAAGAGUUUGUUGGGGUGUCUUUAAUUGUGGAGCCUUCAACGCAACAUUGGAAACCUUUUAUCAAAAGUUCUGAGUCACAAGCAAAUGUUACACAAACUGAUUCUUUACAACAAAGCAUGAAUGUCAUAAGAAUCUCUGCUGACGUUGGUUCCUUUCAGAACAAAACUGGGACAUUACAAAUGACACGGCAGAUGUCUCUGUCAGGACUGCUCUACAAAGAACCCACAGCACCAGCUAAUACAAUCAGGAAUGUAGUUGACAUGUCUCCAAAGUCCUCAUCAGAGAUGCUUUCUGGAGAGCAUGUGAUGGAAGCAGGUGAUUUGUCACUUGUGAGGACCAAACCAAAUACCGAUGUGUAUGAUUCGAAAGACUUGGCAGGUGAACCUUUAAUAGUAGAGCCGCAUUUGCUUCCAAAGCAUGUUCAAAGUCAAAGGAGAUUUUUGUCUUGGAAAUCAUCCAUUGCUCAAACAACAGAAGUGCCUUCGGCACCAGCUUACUCUAUUAAAAGCUGUAGUGACAUGUCUGUGGUCAGGUCAACUUCUAAAAUGUUGAAUGAAACAACAGGAGAAAUGCUUCCAAAUGGAGCUAUUCCUCUUGUAAAAGAUAAAGAAGUCUUUAACAGAAGUUUAAGAAAAGAAUCUUUAGGAAUGCCAUUAAGAGUUGAAUCUUAUUCACCUUGUAAGCAAAACUCUCAUAAACAAUCAGACCGUAUAUCCCUAACGGACAAAGGCAAAUCAAACCAAAUGAAGUUAUUGGAGGUAUGUCAUACUGCAGAAUAUUUGCAUCAACAGAUCCCUACCUCUCACAGAAAUGGACUCAUCUCAAUCUCAAGGAUUCAAACUGAAGAAUCUCACAACCUUAGCCAACCUUUAGACUUCUCUGUAAUUGUUUCUCCUAAAAAACAAAACUGGCCUUCUGUUCUACAAAACGGGCAUCCUAUGGAUUGCACUAGAAAGGAAGAUAAAACAACAAUUGGGAAAAAUAUUCUGAAAAACAGUAAUCCGGCUUUUCAGAAAUCUUUUGUUGGGGCUGUUGAUUUGACAGCUGGCACAGUGGUAGAUAUAAAUAAAAACAAAAGUGACGAAGAGGUCCAAGAUCUUUCAUCUCCAACAAUUACCAGUCUAUCUAAUCAGAAUACAUCAAAAUGUAUUCCAUCUACACAUUCUGUUCAAAGUGAAACCAAUAUACAACCUUAUUCUCAAAUAUCAGAAAAUCUGAAUUUUUUUCCAACCAAAUCAAAGAAUUUGGCUAAACCUCAAACACCACAUCCAUAUUUUCACUCUCAUGUGCCUACUGGAAUGACAGAUCACUUCAGAGCAUCUAUGUUAGUAUUGAAUGCUCCAGUACAUUUAAACAGUUCACAUAGAGCUGAUUUGCAAGAUGCACAUAUCUGCAGACCUUCUGAACAAAAACUGGAAGUACAAAGAGAGCCUGCAAAGCCAAUCCUUACACAGCUUCUGGAUAAACAUACACAUGUUGUUGCAGAUGAUUUACAUCCCUCUACAAAUAUAAGUGAAGCAGCUAAAGUAAUGCCAUUUAGUGACCUUUCCAUAAAAUCUAUUCCUCAAAUAUACUGCUCAGAGCACACAACUUAUCAGCAGCCAGCUCAAAGCUCAAUCAUAAAUCCACAGAUAGCAAAACAUUCAUUCUCAGUCACCACUGAGGAAACACACUUAAAUCAGCACAUUCAGCUUCCUGAACCUAAUAGUAUAACAACAGCCUCCAGACCUAAAGGUCUUAUGAAAAAAUCAACAGUGGAAAGCUUUGGAGAAGAGUGCAUCCCUUCAAGUGAAACAGCAACUGUUCAUGAAAAGCCUCAAGAAUUAGAGAAAACUUGUUUAGCAAAGUCAAUUGCCCCAGCCAUAUCGAUUCAAGAUUUAGUCUCUAAAACAAACCAAGAUGUGAAAUCAACUUUUGUGUCUUCUACUGCAAACACACAAAUGACUUGUGCAGUUGCACUGGAAUCAGUAGUAGUUGUACCCACAAGUACUGCAAACUGUCAAACUUCCAUAGCCCAUGCAGGAUCACUUUCAACAAGCCCAGCUGUCAACCUACCAAGUACAAUUUCAUUGCCAAAAAGUAUUGUAUAUAGUUAUUCAGGUCAAUCCCCAGAUUCAAGCCACUUCACAAAAAGGUCAGUCAAGGGUUUGAUAUCAAUGUUUAACGGAAAAGAUUUACAAACAACCACAGAGAACGUCUCACAAGACAGUGAUGAAAUGAAAGGGUCAGUUGUCAAAUCAUCACUUUAUGAGUGUAUUAAUUCUAACCAGGAAAUGACCACAUCUUCAAACCACACAAUGGUUACAACAUCAGACACAUCUGUGAACGGCUUGGUGUCAGUGUUCAGUGGAACACUGCUAACUGCUGUUUCAGCACAUACUGCCUCACCAUCCUUGGUUUUAUCACUAACAGAUCCUCUUCCGAGUCCAGUUUAUAGUACACUGUCUUCUGUGUCUUGUCCACCUGUUGAACUUAAAGUUUCACCAGUUCCACAGACUACAGUUUCUUCCACUGACCAAUCAAAACAAACUCAAUGGUCUUCCCCUGAACCAACAACUAUCACAGCUGAUGGAAGCUCACAAGUACAGUAUAAUAGAACAGAUUGUCAGAUCACUGAGGCAUCUGCUCAGGUUUUGGUGUCAUUUGGUGACAGUACCUCUCAUCCAGUUUUUGAAACACAAGGACAGUCGAAAGAGACUUUUGUAAACAUCCCCUUAGCUGAGGAUUUAGUCACAGGUGAUAUGCAGGUUUCGGUUGGCACCACCCCUGAUAUAUCUUCAAGUGGGAAUAAAAUUACCCUGUUAAAUCUUCAUAGACAAUAUCAAGAGAGUCAGUGUAUGGUUAUGCCUGCAAACCAGACUGAUUCAAGUCAACCAGAUGAAACAUUUUCAACAGAAGAAAUAUCAAGCCAAGGUAUUUCAGCUGCAGAAAGUAGACCUGACACCCACGCUAUGUUAAAUCAAACCACCCCACAGGCCUCUGUACCUCAAGCAACAGCAAUGCCUCUGUCUGCUUCAAAACCAGAUACUGAGCAGGACAACACUAGUGAACUACAUGUAACUCCCCAGCAGGAAUCAAUAACCAAUCUUGUUUUGUCUGAGAUUAUAUCUAUUGAAGAGAAACCAUCAUUCACUGCAGUUUCACCUACUGAGCUGGAAGAACUAUCAUUAGGUAUUUUGAAUUUAAGUUCAAGGAAGAUGCUUAUUCCUCGGAUAAUGAUUUCAGAGGCUAGCAGUCCUGAGGAAGACUAUGCUAUUGAAGAAGAUGUGGUGACAGAUGAACAUGAUACUACAGUUAAACAUGAUUCAAAUUUAUCUUCUGUUGAAAGCAGUUCAGUGGGAAGUACUGAAUCUUCUGAAGACUUAAAGCAUUGCAGUUUAGUUACAGAGGAAAAUGAAAAGUCUUUCAUGGUUGUGGCAUCUCAAGAAACUGGAAAUCAGAGUAUCAAAAUGGUUAUCCCCUAUGAAACAGAAGAUUCUGUUGUUAAGACUAAUGACUAUGCUAAGGGCUUAUCCCACAAUUCAGAUUCAUCUUUAGCCUCAUUCAUGACAAACACUGCGGAACAAAAUGACUUCAAUUCUACAAGUAAUUCAGUUUCCCUUGAGGUACAAGAAGGUAAUAAGAGUCUCUUCUCUGAAGCUCACCCUUCUGAAAAAACACAACAUAAAGAAAAAUGCCAAGAGGGUGCCACAGCACCCAGUGCUUCUGGACAAGAGUCUAUAACUAACUUAGAAGAUAUCACAGACUCUAAAUCAGGAAAGCUUGAAGAGAAUUAUAAAGAUCAAGAAGCAUCUAAAAUAAUGUCAGUCAAACUAAUAAUGUCAGACAACAAGAUCCCCUCUGAGCCAGAAAGCAAAUCAGAAGAUUCAUCAAGAGACUCCCUAUCAAAUAUCGAACAGAGUGAAAAGAAAGAGCAAUUGCAAAUUACAGACACUGCACAAUUACAUGAAGUGCCAACACCCACCAACAUCAAUAAACCAGCUUCUUCUUGCCUACCUACAGACACACAUGGUGAUGAGCAUUCUAGCAAAGGUAUAUUUUCACAAAUUUUCACUUCAUCCCAGCCUCAGAGUGGAUCAUCUAUAUUAGGAGACAUACUACAUGGGUCGUCAUCCUCCAAAGAAAUACCAGGUACAGGAUUAUUCUCAAUGUUUGGAAGUUCUGGUCCUCAAGCACCUCCUGUAGCAUCUACACUCAAAGAUGCAUCACAUGGAAAGGGAUUGUUUUCUGUAUUUGGUGGAUCUAAUACCCAACCACCACCUCACCAGGAAGGUUCACCUAUGUCUGGCUCAAAAGAGUUACUUGUAGGACCAAGACAAAUGCCUGUUCCAAGAGAGCCUGUAGAACUGGGAACCAUAGAGCCACCAAGCCCUGGACCAAGAGCUGCUCAAGACACUGACAUAAAAGGUCCACCAGGACCUGAUCCAAAAGCAACAAUAGAAACAGGACCAAAAGGGACAACCCCUAAAGGGCCCACUCCCAAAGAACCGUUGGGUAAAGGAAUAUUUUCUGUUUUUACUGGGUCUUCUCAACAAACAGCACCCACAAGCAGAGCUGCUGCAAGGACAUAUGGAUCUUCAAUUUUCGGAGGUUUUCUUUCUGGUUCUGGAGACAAAGAAAAUAAUACAUCUGGUUUAUUUUCUGUGUUUGGUAGAGGUAGUUCUCAAUCUGAAGCUCUAACAGAUACCAUUCAAGCAGAAUCUACCAAUAAGGAAGCAACAGGAAAAGGACUGUUUGCAAAGUUUAGUGGACAAGGUGCAACUGGUGGCUCUGAGUCAGACAAUCUCUUUAAAGUUCCAUCUGUUUUCUCUCUAGGGGGUUCUUCUGACUUUGAUAAAACAAAAUCUACUGGAUUUAGCCUCAUGUCUUUUAUGGAUAAGAAAUCUAAUGAUCCAAAAUCUGUAGAUGCAACCAUUACAAGCCCAACACCUUCAACAGAUGUAAUACCAGAUGAAAUUGCACAUAUUGAGACUAAACAAGAACCUUCAAUGGAACCCACAUCUGCGCCUACUAUAGAAAUUGAUCAGAAACCCUGUGGUGAAAUUAAAGAAGAACUUGUUAAUGCUACAGGUAAGAAUGAGGAAAUGUACUCUGAUGAUACAAACUCUCAAAUAAAUAUGGCUGAAAAAUAUAAACAACUUAAAAAUGAAGAAACUUUAAUAAUUGAAAAGAUACUUAAAGAGGAACGAGACAUUAAUGAGCAACCUACAAAUGAGGAGCUGGAAGGUAAAAAAGAACUUGUAGCUACCAGUUUGGAGAAAACCGAUUCUGAAAAUAAUUUUCACCAGUCAGUGCUGGAGAAUUAUUCAGAGCCAACUGGGUCGAAGCAACAAGCAGAAGUGUCAUUAGUAUCACAAGAGACUGACAUGUCUUUAGAAGCUGAAAAACCAGUGCAUUUAGAAAAAAUAGUGGAAUCAGAAGAGCUUGUGGAACUGGAAAACUCUCAAUCUAACACGGUUCCGGAUUGUGCAAGACCCACAUCAACUGAGAAACCUUUAAAGAGUGAAGAAUCAGGGAAUGAUCAACAUGUUCAAACAGCGAACACAAUUUCAACCGAACAUGAGAAAGACAUCACCUUGAUCAGAAUUUCUGAUAGCCAGGAAGCAGAACUAGAAAAAUCUCAAGUAACUAACAAACCUCUGGAUUAUGAAAGAUACACAGAAACUGAGAAAACCUUAAACAGUGAAGAAUCAGAGAAGGAUGAACAUGUAAAACCAACAGACAAAAUGGCAAGUGAAUAUGAAAAACACACAGCCUUGAAUAAAAUUUUAUACAGCCAGAAUGUAGAACAGGAAAAACAUCUAGAUUCUGAGAGAUCCACAGAAACUUUAAAUGAUGAACGGGUACAGACAGCAGACAGAAUUUCAAUUGAACAAGGGAGAGAAACAAUUUUAAACAAAAUUUCUCAGAGUCGGCAAGCAGAUACGAUUUGGGAGGACAAGCCAGAUCAUAUUACAAAGUCAAAAGAAACUGAAAAACCAGUGAUACCCACACAGCCCUCGUUAGAUCCACAGCCUCUUUCACCUGUUCAACCACAGCCAGUUCACAAUCAGGAAAUGCCCGGAUCACAGCCAGCAAUACUUGGUUUUCCAGGUCAGCCCAGACAAAGAAUAGAAGGACCUUUUAAUCUUUCUAGACAGGGUAUGUCUGAAACAAGUCCAAGAAUGAGAGGACCUAUACCUGGAAUGUCUGGUCAACCAAGGCCAAGAAUGCCUAGCUCUCAAAGACCUCCAGAGCCAACUGCCUUUUCUGGCUUUAUGUCAAUGUUUUCUGGGCCAAGUACUCCCAGCAAGGCAUCAACUUUAGGUUUCUUCUCUGGGCCACAGACCUCCUUUUUAAGUCAUCAGCUUCUCCUGCAGCGCCACCACAACAGCAAAAGAGCUCAUUUUUCAAUUUGCCAACCAGCUUGCCAACAGAAUCCCUAA